GUGAAAUUGAUCCUCUCAAUCAAUAAAAAACAACAACAAAGAUUUACAUUCAUAUUGCCUCCCUUAGGUAGAGCUCAAUAUCUAGGAAGUAAAUUUCAAAUCAUAAUUAUCAAAAUAUCAAUAUGAUAUCAUUGUAAAUAAUCAACGUGAUCAAGAAAAGGACAUGAACUAUUUUCAUAUUAACAAGUGAAAAUGAACCUUUCCAAAUCCUAGAAGAAGAACAUCAACCUGGCACUAUGGAACCACGUGAUUCAGGAUAUGGGUAUAACCAAGAACCAAACUUUGGAGAUUACAAUAAUGGACACCACAGAAGGGGUGACAGUGGUAGCCAAGUUGUUCCUAUGGAGGAUUAUCCAAGACAUAAUACUUCAAUUAUGAGUUAUGAUCAUGUCCCUGAUGGAAGUUUUAGUCAACCUCAUACUUUGGUUGUCCGUAAUCGUAAAAAGUCUGUCAAGUUGGAGCAGAUAUUUGAUAAGUUAGAUCAACUCGAUCAACUAGAUGGUGAUGAUGACUCUUAUUUCCAACGAACUAAAUCCAAAAGACGUGAAAGAUCCAAGACUUUAAAGGAAAGAAAAUUGGAGAGAAAUGCUACACAGAAAGAUUCAUUAAAAACUACAAAGACUCUUGGUGAAAGAUAUUCUGAAAUGAAAAACAAUGAUGGUGUCACUGCCAGAAAUUUGGCCACCCUGAUGAGGCAGGAUCAUAGCGAAGAUUCAACAAUGAGGAAAAUGAACAAAUUAAGACAUGGCAAUGGAUCUAAGACAUGGAAAAAUGUGAAGAGAUCUUACAAUGAAUUUUCACACACAAUCUCACUAUGGUACAGUACUUUUAAAAAAAUUGAAGGUGAAUAUGGAACUGCAGUGAUGACAUAUUUCAAAUUUCUUAAAUGGCUGCUGAGGUUAAAUCUAUAUACAAUGUUAAUAACAUUUUGUGUGAUAACCAUACCAUUUCUAGUAUUAGGACCCUCAUCUUAUGAAGACUCUGUAAGAUCUGUUAACAAUAGCCAGGAUUCUAUUGACUGUACGGCAGAAUAUAUAAAUUACAUGGAUAAUUUCACCAGUCAGGAGUCAGCAGGAGAAAUGGCUAUUGAUUUUCUUCAAGGGACUGGCUGGAUGGAGAGAACUAUAUUGUUUUAUGGUGUAUAUUACAACAAGACAUAUUAUAGUGUUGUAGAAAAGAAAGAGAUAACAUAUAACAUGUCAUUAGCCUAUUUACUGGCCGUCGGCUGUAGUUUUAUUAUCUGUUUCAUUCUAAUUGUCAAAAAUGCAUCUAAAAGUGCUAAAGUAUCACUAGGGUUGGAAUCAUCAGUGGCUAAAUAUACAAAUAAAGUGUUUGCAGCCUGGGAUUAUUGUAUUAAUAAUCAGAAAAAUGCUAAAGUUAAAUCAGUUGGCAUUAAAUUUGAAAUAACUGCAGACUUAAAAGAACAGACAAGAACUGAACUUUGGAACUUGAAGAAAUUUGGUGACAGAUGUGCAAUAUACUUCAAGAGAGUUGUCAUAAAUCUGCUUGUCAUAAUAUUACUGGGAGGCUCCCUAGCAUUGAUAGCUUAUACAGCUCAACAGAUGAUUGAGCUUCAGAAGAAAGAAUAUGAAGAUAUUGUUAUCUUGAUCAUUCAGUAUGUGCCAUAUCUAACGAUCACCAUAUUAAAUUUGGGUGUACCUAUCAUCUUUCAAAAACUGGUACAGUUUGAAAUGUAUAAAUACGAAACUGAACUGAAAUUAACAUUAGCAAGAUCAGUUUUGCUCCGUCUAUCUUCACCAAUAGUUCUCCUAGCUAUUCUGUAUGAGCAACUGAUUGUCACAUCAAAGGACUCAACCAGUGGCAAAUGUGGCAAUGUGAGGUGGUCAGCCACAGGGUCAGGACUCAGGGGAGAUGUCAAAUGUUGGGAGACAUAUGUGGGACAACAGGUGUACAAGUUGGUCCUAUUGGAUCUGUUUGUAGAAUGUGGAAUUCUAUUCUUUGGAAAUGUUCCGAGAAGUAUAUUGUAUCGAAAAUUCAAGGACAAGUCAAAAGUGAUCAAGACGAUUGGUCCUCAAGAAUUUGAUUUGACUCAGAGUGUUGUAGAUAUUGUUUACUCACAAAAUAUAUGUUGGUUGGGAAUGAUGUUUAGUCCUUUAAUUCCGUUUAUGACAUUUCUUAAAAUCUUAAUCUUCUUUUAUUCUAAAAAAUUUUUAUUGAAGUAUUGUGAAGCUCAAGAGCGUCCUUAUCGUACAUCCAGAUCUAAUUCAUUAUUCAUGUUAGUGCUAUUAUUGUCCUUCGUGUUUGCUGCAGCACCUAUAGGGUAUAUGGUUGGCCGUCUGCAGCCAAGCCAGAGUUGUGGUCCCUUCAGGCUGUAUUCUGAUGCCAAUGUUGUUAUGUUUAAUACAGUAUCAUAUACAGUAGCUAGUUGGCCAGAAUUUUUGAGAGGUUUAUUCAGUUUUCUUGGAACUGUUGGAUUUUUUGUGCCAGUCAUUAUAGCUUUGUGUUUAUUGAUGUACUACUACUGGUUGUUAGGUCAAGGUUACAAAAAGACGGAAAAAAUUCUCCAACAUCAACUAAAAUUGGAAGGAAAAGAUAAGCAAUAUCUCAUGGAGAGAGUUGCAGAAUUCCUAGAGAGUACAGAAGUCAAUCAGAAUACACUGAAUAAUGCUGGUUUACAAAAUGUUUCAGCAAUAAUAACAACAUAAUUAAUAGUCUGGUGAAUAACGAUUGAUUGUCAGCAACACGUAAUAACAUACUGCUAUGUACAGAAAUAGUUUGUUACAGAAAGGAUUAUUUAAAGGCAUAAAAUCUUGGAGUAAACCCAUGGAAUUCUUACGGAAAUUUUAGUAAAGCCAUGGAAUUCUUAGGCAAAUUGGAGUAAAGCCAUGGAAUUCUUAGGGAAAUCUGAAAAGUCAUGGACUUCUAAGGGAAAUUUAUAAAAAAAAUAAUUAUUGUUAUGAAAUGAAUUUCAGAUGACAAUAAAAAAUCAUAUAGUAAGAUUUGGGUAAAAACCAAAAUAUUGACCAAUCAAAAUAGCAAGAACUGUUCAUGUAUUAUUGAAAUCUCUUCUGACUCAUUGCAUUAUAUUUGUCUUGAAAAAAAAAAUAGUAUGAAAAUUUUCAAACAAUGCAAUGAGUGGAAAAAUGCCUUACCUUUGCAUCAUGUUUAAGUAAUUUUAAAAUUAAACAAUAAAAAACAUAUCAUUGAGGGUGGGUCAGUUUGGAUUCCUUUUUUCAUAGUUUUCAGCUUUUGAGAAUACAUUACCCUUUUCUUUUCAUAGUUUUCAGCUUUUGAGAAUACAUUACCCUUUUCUUUUCAUAGUUUUCAGCUUUUGAGAAGACAUUACCCUUUUCUUUACAUAGUUUUCAGCUUUUGAGAAUACAUUACCCUUUUGUUUUCAAAGGUUUUAGCUUUUGAGAAUACAAUACCCUUUUACUUUCUUGGUUUAUUUUGUUCUCAGAAAUGUUAAGCUUUUAACUAGUUGUUGUAAAUGUAUGGAAACAAAAGUUUUAAUCAGAAAAGUAAGAAAAUCAUAUACACUUGCAUGUGAAAUUGUAAAUUGAUAAACACUGAAUAAGUGUUAUAUAUAUACGAUUAUAUAUAAUAUACUAUAUAAAAUAGUGCUGAAUAAACCCUUCCAAAAGUCCCAUUUACCUCAAAACUUGAUUUUUGAUGAGGAGUAAACAUUAAGUGGAUGGUUGCAUUUAAGUUUUGAAAUUGCAUGUGCAACUCAAAAGAGGCUUAAACUUAAAAAUAUUAAGAAACAGCUUGUAUUUAUGUGAUAAUGUAAAAAACAUAUUUUAAUUUUAUUGUGGUAUAGAACAUAUACAAUGAAUCUCAAAAAAUUGUUAUUAUUGUGAUUGUUAACAUUAAUUUGUUGAAAUGAACUUCAGGUUUAACCACACCUUAUACAAAGGUUUUGAAUUGAAAAGUUUAAUUUUAUCUGAAUUGGUCUUUAAAAACUGAAUAGAAAAUUAGUGAGGUGUGUUCACUUUUUCUGACAUACUUACAGUGGUUUUCAAAGUGGCAGUCAGGUACUUUGCCUCAGUACAAUAAGUUGUGUUCAGUCUACUGUCUGAAUGUUCAAUAGCUAAACUCAUUUACCUAUGCAAAACAUUCAAUACUGAAUAGUUUAUAUAAAAUGUCAGAACAUUAUUACUGGAUACACUGCAAGAGGUGUCUGAACAAUAUUAAAUUACUGCAAGGAGAACAUUUGAUAGAUAUAUGAACAUAUCACCAAGACUUAACAUUUUUUCUCUUCAGACAUUUCAUAUAAUGUUAGGAACAAAAUGGCCCUUUAAACUAGAAUUGGUUUAUAAAAGACACUGUCAAUUUCAAUUGUUUGGUCAUCUUAUAUAUUUUGAAGGUUUGAUUUAAAUAAAAGGUAACUUUUUACCUUCUCAAGAUGGAGCCUCUUUUUUUAGAAUGUAUAUCAAUAACAUACAGAGUUUUAGACAAUCGCUUGAAACAUUAAUCCAAAGCCCAACAGACUGCCAGAUGAAGUAAUCACUUUGUUUUUUAAAUGAUUAUAUGAAUUAUACGAGUUUGUCAUUUAAUGUAGUUUGAUUUACACUUAUAUUUAUUAUUAGUUUCAUUACAUUUUUGGGACCAAAAUAUUUGCGAAUUUUAAAAACUGACAAAUAUGAACUUUGGCACACUUUCUUUAAAAAAUCAGUCAUUGUCAAUCAGAUUGCAUAGUUAAGUAAACCUGGUCAUCAAUAGAUAGUUUUCCAAUUACCGGUACAUAUUUUACAUAAUUUGAGUUCGAGUUAUUUUCCUUGGCCACCAUUUGGAGGGCUAACUGGUUGACCUGAGACUACUAUAUCACAGUGUGUUAUAAACAGGCUAUUAUUUGAACUUGGAAUUAUUUUUAAUUAUGGAAUUUGCAUAAUUUCAUGUGUUUGAAAUUUUUGAUAAAUUCCAUGUUUAUUAAGUAUUAUUAUGUUUUGAGCGGUGCAUCACACUUUCCACACAAUGUAUUUUGUAUAGAUAGUGUUGUGCACGGCACAGUACAUUCUAUUGAAAAUGUGCUAUCUUCUUUGUCACCGCUCAAAAC